GCACUAUUUCUGAUUUUUCCCCCCUUCCCUUUUAUUUCAUUUUGAAGGUUUGACAUCAAACCAAGUUCUCCCUACCUGUUAUUGGUCAUUGCAAGCGCCCACAACAUUGUUGAUUUUUUUUUCCUGUCUCCGGGCCCAAUUUUCCUGUGUAUAUUGAGUUUAUUUUGAGAUGAGCGCUCAGUCCAACCCACCAUCGGAGGCUCCGAAAGACUGUUGCAAAAUAGCAGAUCCACCUUGCAGUCACAAUGUCGAAUUACGGCGAUCCCUAACAGCGUUACCGUUAUCCCUACCACCACCUCCAUAUUCUGCUGCGUUACCUUUAUCCGACUAUGCACCCUUGACGCCUUCGAGUUCCGCUACGUACCACAAUAUGCAGUAUCCUGCUUAUGGAUCCACCGAGCGAAGCUAUCGUCCUACAACUGUCCUUCAUAUGGACCCUUCACCUUGCCCUCGUCAUUACACAAACGUACCUUCUCAUCCACAAUCAUAUCAUGCACGGGCGUCAGCUCCCAUAUCAUGGACAGCCUUGUCCCACCACCCUUCCUGGUCGGGACAUCAUCACUGGUUGCCUAUUAGUACAAAUGACGAACAAGAAGACCAACGAUCACUAAAUCAAUAUAUCAAAAUUGUGCUGGCUUUCAUGCUUUGGUAUACAGUGUCGUGGUACAUAUUUUCCUUCAACGAUAACGGCAGUAUCCGCAGUUGCACAGAAGACUUGACCAUGUAGGCGUGCCUGUGUUUGUACGCGAUGCCACAGUAAAUCAAGGUUGGCAAGUGAUGGUGCGUCCACGAAAAAAGAAACCAGGUCACGUCAUGGUGUGGCCAGAUGACAAAUACGGGAUACGGUCCGUCGAGGCUCAUGAUCCUCGCGUUCACACAAACAAUAAAUAGUGACACUACCCGAUCCACGUAUGCGGGAUCACAUUACAUGCUACCAUAUUUUUUGCUAAUCCGUACAACCCUUUGAAAUACAACUUAAAAUUGGAUCGUACAAAAAGAAAAAGAAGACUUGGAUGCAUAUAUGCAAUAGCAAUGGACUCAUGAUAUAGCUUUGCUGCGCUGGACGAGAUACAAAUAAAGGUC